CACACACAAAGAAGACGACGAAGCGGCUUCAGGAAGUUCCACGUCAGUGUCCAGUGCGAAAAGAAGCCACGACAGGAGCAUUUAUCAGAUAUAAGUAGUGACAACACGGGGAUAAAACAUGCCUCUUAGGCUGGACAUUAAGCGGAGGUUGACAGCCAGGUCAGAUCGAGUAAAAAGUGUUGAUCUCCACCCUACUGAGCCAUGGAUGCUGGCCAGUCUGUACAAUGGCAGCGUCUGUGUGUGGAACCACGAAACACAGACACUUGUGAAGACUUUUGAAGUGUGUGAUCUCCCUGUCAGAGCCUCCAAGUUUGUGGCUAGGAAGAACUGGGUCAUCACUGGAGCUGAUGACAUGCAGAUCCGUGUGUUCAACUACAACACCCUGGAGCGGGUUCAUAUGUUUGAGGCCCAUUCUGACUACAUCCGUUGCAUUGCUGUUCACCCAACUCAGCCCUACAUUCUCACCAGCAGUGAUGACAUGUUGAUCAAACUGUGGGACUGGGACAAGAAAUGGUCGUGCAGCCAAGUGUUUGAGGGUCACAGUCAUUAUGUCAUGCAAAUUGUCAUCAACCCCAAGGACAACAACCAGUUUGCCAGUGCCUCCCUGGACAGGGCAAUCAAGGUUUGGCAGUUAGGCUCUUCAUCUCCCAAUUUCACUUUGGAGGGCCAUGAGAAAGGAGUCAAUUGUAUCGACUACUACAGUGGAGGAGACAAACCCUACCUGAUAUCAGGGGCUGAUGAUCGUCAGGUCAAGAUCUGGGAUUACCAGAACAAGACCUGUGUUCAGACUCUGGAAGGUCAUGCACAGAAUGUCUCUUGUGUCAGCUUCCACCCAGAGCUACCAAUCAUUAUCACAGGCUCAGAGGAUGGUACGGUGCGCAUCUGGCACUCUAGCACGUACCGUCUUGAGAGCACUCUAAACUAUGGCAUGGAGCGGGUGUGGUGUGUGAGCGGUCUCAGGGGUUCCAACAAUGUAGCACUGGGCUAUGAUGAAGGGAGCAUCAUUAUCAAGGUGGGUCGAGAGGAACCAGCCAUGUCUAUGGACACAAAUGGGAAAAUCAUUUGGGCCAAACACAGUGAAAUUCAACAGGCCAACCUGAAAGCCAUGGGUGAUGCUGAGAUUAAGGAUGGAGAGAGGCUGCCACUCGCUGUCAAAGACAUGGGCAGCUGUGAGAUUUACCCCCAAACCAUCCAACAUAAUCCUAAUGGAAGGUUUGUUGUGGUGUGUGGAGAUGGAGAAUAUAUCAUUUAUACUGCAAUGGCUUUGAGGAACAAGAGCUUUGGCUCGGCACAGGAGUUUGUCUGGGCACACGACUCAUCUGAAUAUGCCAUCAGAGAAAGCAACAGUAUUGUCAAAAUAUUCAAAAACUUCAAAGAAAAGAAAUCUUUUAAGCCUGAUUUUGGAGCAGAAGGUAUCUAUGGAGGUUUCUUGCUCGGAGUGAGAUCGGUGAACGGAUUGGCAUUCUAUGACUGGGAAAACACAGAACUGAUCCGCCGCAUUGAGAUCCAGCCCAAGCAUAUCUUCUGGUCAGACUCGGGUGAGCUUGUCUGCAUUGCUACAGAGGAAUCUUUCUUCAUUCUGCGCUACCUGGCAGAUAAAGUAGCUGCCUCCCAAGAAAACAAUGAAGGCGUGACAGAGGAUGGUAUUGAGGAUGCCUUUGAGGUCCAGGGAGAGAUUCAGGAGAUUGUAAAGACUGGACUUUGGGUUGGAGACUGCUUUAUCUAUACCAGCUCUGUGAACAGACUCAAUUACUAUGUUGGAGGAGAGAUUGUCACUAUCGCCCACCUGGACAGGACCAUGUACCUGCUGGGCUACAUACCCAAAGAUGACCGUCUGUACCUGGGUGACAAAGAGCUCAACAUCGUCAGCUAUUCCUUGCUGGUUUCUGUUCUGGAAUACCAGACUGCUGUAAUGAGGCGGGACUUUGGAAUGGCUGACAAGGUGCUUCCAACAAUUCCUAAAGAGCAGCGGACCAGAGUGGCUCAUUUCCUGGAGAAACAGGGUUUCAAGCAGCAGGCAUUGGCAGUGUCCACAGACCCAGAGCACCGGUUUGAACUGGCGUUACAGUUAAGAGAGUUGAAAAUUGCCUACCAGCUGGCUGUGGAGGCAGAGUCUGAGCAGAAAUGGAAACAGUUGGCAGAGUUGGCUAUUAGUAAGUGCCAGUUUGGCCUAGCACAGGAGUGCCUCCACCACGCCCAAGAUUAUGGGGGUCUGCUGCUCCUCGCUACAGCAUCUGGCAAUGCCACAAUGGUGGGCAAGUUGGCUGAAGGCGCGGAGAAGGAUGGAAAAAAUAAUGUGGCCUUCAUGACUUACUUCCUGCAGGGGAAGCUGGAUCAGUGUUUGCAGCUUCUGAUUAGAACCAACAGGCUACCCGAGGCUGCCUUCCUGGCUCGUACCUACCUGCCCAGCCAGGUGUCGCAUGUGGUCAAACUGUGGAGGGAAAGUCUGGCUAAAGUCAACCAGAAGGCAGCUGAAUCACUAGCAGACCCAACAGAGUAUGAGAAUCUGUUCCCUGGUCUGAGAGAAGCUUUUGCAGCUGAGCAUUACCUGAGGGAGACCUGUUCAGGCGCUUCUAGACCUGCCAGAGAUUAUCCGCUUGUUACGCCCAAUGAAGACAGGAAUAUUCUGGAGGAAGCUGAGGGAUAUCAGUCCAAAGGAACCUUACUGCCUUCUGUCUCUGAGCAGGCACAGAACAGUGUGGAAUCAAUCUCUGCAGCCAUUGCUGUUGCAACAGCAGCAGUUAUGAAACCUUCACACCCUGAAACAUCAGCUCUUCCAACGAAGGAGAAAGAUGAUGAGGAAAUCCUAAUGUUCUCUCAGUCUCAGAAAGAUAAGUGUCUGGAUGAGCUGGAAGUGGACCUGGACAAUAUGGAGUUGGAUGAUAUUGACACCACAGACGUUAACCUUGAUGAUGAUUUUCUAGACGACUAAGAUCUGCUGCCAGUUCUACUCCUUGGUACUCAUCAGAACUUAUUUAAGAGAGAGCGAGACCAAACUCCCCUUUCCUGUUUUGUAUUAAAUAAAUGAAAUUAUAUUCUCACCUCCUCCCACUACAACAGGAGAAUUUAAGUAGAUAUUUUUCCUCAGAAGAAAAAUGGACAUAUCCUUCGUUUCUUCAUUUUGUAGAUCAUUCAUUGUUUUGUUGCAGACAUUUCACCAACUGUGCUUUGAAUUUUGCUAUAAUUGCUCUUUGUAAUGUCAUCUGUAAUAGCGAGUCAAAGAUCUGUCAAAUAAACCAGUUGCUGUACAUAUUCA